ACCAAUAUUCAGCAGCACAACACUAUUUGGCUUCCAAGAGAGAGAAGGAGAUGGCGCCGUGGAUUCGGAUUCUUGUCCUGGCCUUGGCCAUGGUGGCUUGUCUGUUUCCGGCAUCGGUGGAGUCUAUGGUUCGACAUUACAAGUUUAAUGUGGAACUGAAGAACAUAACAAGACUCUGUUCCACAAAGCCCAUCGUCACUAUCAAUGGAAAAUUCCCUGGACCGACCAUCGUUGCUAGGGAGGACGAUACUGUUCUCAUUAAGGUGGUCAAUCAUGUCACCUACAAUCUCAGCAUCCACUGGCACGGAGUAAGACAACUAAGGACGGGGUGGGCCGAUGGGCCGGCAUACAUAACCCAAUGCCCAAUCCAACCAGGGAAUCAGUAUGUGUACAAUUUUACCCUCACUGGCCAGCGAGGCACGCUUUGGUGGCACGCCCACAUUCUCUGGCUCAGAGCCACCGUCCAUGGAGCCCUAGUCAUACUGCCUAAGCGUGGCGUUCCUUAUCCCUUCCCCAAACCCGACAAAGAAGAGAUUGUUAUAUUAGGUGAAUGGUGGAAAUCAGAUACUGAAGAUGUGAUCAAUGAAGCUUUGAAAUCUGGUUUGGCCCCAAAUGUCUCAGAUUCUCACACAAUCAAUGGCCAUCCUGGACAAGCCCUUAAUUGUCCUUCACAAGGAUAUACGUUAUCAGUGAGACCUGGCAAGACCUACAUGCUUCGGAUAAUCAGCGCUGCACUUAAUGAAGAACUCUUUUUCAAGAUCGCCGGACACCAACUCACUGUCGUCGAGGUCGACGCAACCUAUGUUAAACCCUUCAAAACCGACACGAUCCUCAUCACCCCCGGCCAAACCACAAAUGUACUCUUAACAACCCACAAAGGCGCCGGCAAGUACAUGGUUGCAGCCUCUCCUUUCAUGGACGCGCCAAUUGCAGUCGAUAACACCACCGCCACCGCUACGCUAUACUACUUAGGCACGCAAACCACGGUCUCCACCACACUCAUCGCCCCACCUCCCCAAAACGCCACCCCUGUCGCAACCAAUUUCACAAAUGCCCUUCGAAGCCUCAACUCCAAAGAAUACCCAGCGAGUGUUCCAUUGAAGAUCGAUCACAACCUUUUAUUCACAAUCAGUCUCGGAAUCAAUCCUUGUCCAACUUGCUCGGGUGGAAGCCGAGUUGUUGCUGACAUCAACAACAUCACGUUUGUGAUGCCCUCUGUUGCUCUGCUUAAUGCCCAUUUCUUCAAUAUAAACGGGGUUUUCACUGAUGAUUUUCCAGCGAAGCCUCCGAAACCGUACAAUUAUACAGGGGCACAGCUGACGAAUUUCCAGACGAUGAAAGGGACGAGACUUUAUAGACUCGCUUACAAUUCCACAGUUCAAUUGGUUUUGCAAGAUACAGGGAUGAUUGCACCGGAAAACCAUCCGCUCCACCUACAUGGAUUCAACUUCUUUCAAGUUGGGAGAGGAAUAGGGAAUUUUGAUCCGAAGAAGGAUGCGAAGAAGUUCAAUCUUUUUGACCCGGUUGAGAGAAACACCAUCGGCGUCCCCUCCGGUGGAUGGACAGCUAUCAGAUUUAGGGCAGACAAUCCAGGGGUUUGGUUUAUGCAUUGCCAUUUGGAAGUUCACACAACAUGGGGGCUUAAGAUGGCGUUUGUUGUAGACAACGGAAAAGGACCCAACCAAUCUCUUCUCCCACCUCCAACUGAUCUGCCAAAAUGUUAAUUCAUUCACAAUUUGAUCUUCUUCUUCUUCUGCAUUAAAAAUGCUAUGUCUGGAGGUGAGCGAGGAGAAGUGGAGAGCAAAGAAAUAACAGAAAAAGGUCAGAGAAUGCUGAUCGAAGAGAACGACUUGUUAAUAAUUACAGAAGAGUUCUUUGGAGCAAGCAAAAAAACAAGGCUUUGCUCAUAGUUCAAUAAUUCCAGAUUGAUUUCUUUUUUCUUUUUUUACUUUGUUCAAUUGAUGUAUGUGUAAUUAUGAUAUAUUAUUGCCCACUAUAACAAGCAUUUAUUUGAUCA